AUGAAGUCUGCUGCUCUGUGUCUAGCGAUCUUGAGCUGUGUCUUGUCUGCUACCGAGAUUAUCGCACUGCGAUGUAAUCCAACUGGUAACGAAAAUGUAACGGCCAACGGUAGACCUGCCUACGCCGGUCAGUUUCCUUACCAUGCUCUGUUGGUGGUAAGCUUCGGUGAGGAAGAAACGCGUUACUGCAGUGGAGCGCUAGUGGAUGAACGGCACGUUGUAACGACGGCACAGUGUGUUGUUGGUAGCAGUUCCGUUGAGGUUCAUCUCGGCUCGAACUGUCUGCUGGUGGAUGAGAACGAUCAGUUCCGAUAUGUGUUCGGUGCGGUGAAGGUUACCGUACGGGAAGGGUACGAGGCGGAGACGUUUGUGAACGAUGUGGCAGUAGUUCGAUUUACCGACGAAGCGGUAAGACUUCCGCCCUGGGUGCGUCCAGUGCGAUUGCCGGAAAUGGAUGAAGAACAGUACGUUGGACAGGAAGUUCUCACGAGUGGAUACGGGCUGAUGAAUUUCGGUGCGGAAGGUGCGGCCGAUGCACUGCAGUACAUGCGACUGGUAGUGUUGGAGCUGGAGGCGUGCCAGGAGGAAUUUAAUUUUAUCACACCCGAUACGGGACGGUUCUGUGCACAGGAAGCGACCCACGAGCCUAACUGUGUCAGUGACGUCGGAAGCCCGUUGGUGAUGAAGGAGAGCGGAUUGCAUCAGUACGUGCUGCUUGGUUUGACCAGCUUCGGACAGAAAUUUGCCUGCGACCAGGGUAAUCCUGGUGCAUUGCAAGAGAUGCGCAAUCAUGCGGCUUGGCUGAAGGAAGUGAUGGCCAGCGCGAACUAAAA